GUUUUUUGUCUUUCUGACUCCUUGUCGGUCUUGUGCCUGCCGCCGCGAUUCCUCAACCUCACCCACUGCCUCCGCUGUCGGCCCUGCCUGCCCUGCCCUGUCCUGCAGACGGACUUCGUCGUUUGCCAACAGCCCUCGCCGCCUUCAUCCGACUGCGCGACGGCCAACUGUUGCGCUUCCUGCCUGCGCGCGCGCGCCGGCUCGUUACCCCGCCAGGCCUCGUCCGCCCAGCCUCGUUCGUCCUUGCUUGCCGUCUAACCUCGCUCGCGCUUGUGCUCUUUGCCCGCCUCACUUCGUCCGCCUCGCCACUCCUUCCACCGCAACGCGGCACUCCGCCCUCGUGUUUCGCCUCUGGACUCGUAAGAGUCUUGCGACGAUCAAGACACACAGACAGAAAGACAAACAACCAGACGGGCAAACAGACAAACGUCCGUCCUGCUGCAGCACCAGCGGCGGCCGAGGCCCUCCCGCUGUAGCAAACCUCGCGGCGCAUGGACGGCUCUUCCAUCGUCGCCCGCGGGGCUGCCUCCAUGAGCCCGACCAGCCCGGCCAGUUCUCGCCAGGGCAAUGGCGGCCCCAAGCGCAAGCGCAGCACCGGCGUUGCGCCCGUGGAGAGCAGCCCCGGCAGCUUCAUGGACGAGGACCAUGCCGACCAAGGCGAUCAUGGCGACCAAGGCGAUAGCGAUAAGAAGCGUCAACCCGGCGUCAAGCGCGCCUGCAAUGAGUGUCGCCAACAAAAGCUCCGCUGCGACGUCGUCCAGGAGCCCUUCCAGACCUGCUCGCGGUGUAACCGCCUCAAGCUAGAAUGCAAAAUCGAGUCCAACUUUAAGCGUGUGGGCAAGCGCUCCAAGCACGCCGAGAUGGAAAAGGAAAUUGAUCGCCUGCGCCGCAACGUCGCCCGCGCCCGCGCCCAGGGCUACGUCCCUGACGAGGACGACGACAUCGACUCCCCCGUCGCCCCCAUAACCCCCGCGCCCUACACACAUACCCGCAACCCCUCUCUCAUGGGCUCCGACGAGGCCGUCUCGUCGCUGCUUCACCUUAAGAGGGGAGGUUCUUACAACGUGCAGCAGCACUACUCCCAUGAGCUCGAGGGCGUCCGCCUCACCGACAACAACGUUACUCACCUCUUCAAUGAGUUCUUCGCCUUUUAUCAUCCGUUUCUUCCUUUCCUUAGCCCGCAGCAGCCUCCCGACCAGUACAAGCAGCAGCAUCCUCUUUUAUUUUGGUCUAUAAUAGCCGUCGCCGCCCGCCGCUUCAGCCCCGCCGACUGCCCUAAUCUCCUCACCAACCUCUCCGGGCCCAUGACGCGCUUCCUCUGGACCACCAUCGGCGAGGUCCCGAGCAACUACCACGUUGUCAAGGCUAUGUGUCUGCUCUGCACUUGGCCGCUGCCUACGAGCACCACGACGUCUGAUCCGACGCAUAUCCUGUGCGGUGUCAUGAUGAAGACGGCCACCGGCAUCGGCUUGCACCGCCCCAACCACAUCCGGGACUUUUCGCGCGUCUCUGUCGAACUGAACAAGGAGCAGCUGCAUGAUCGCGUGACCACAUGGGCCGUCUGCAAUAUCGUCGCGCAAAACGUCGGAACCGGCUACGGCCAGCCCGCCUCGAGUCUGUACGACUGGACCCUCGCCCUUAGGCCGGGUGACGACCCUGCCCUGCACCUCUCUCGGGACUUGGAGGCGCGACUCCAGAUCGAGCGCUUCUGCGAUAAGGUCUCCAAGGAGAUGUACAGCAAUGCCAGCGAUCCCCGUGGAGUAGCGGGAGAUGAGCAUCGGGCCAUGCUCAUGCGCGUCUACCGUCGCGACUACGGCGAGAUGCAAGCCUCGGUUCUUUCCCAGCAACUUGGCCCCAUCGUGAACCUGCACUUGCGGGCCGCGGCCUUGCACAUGCGUCUGGCGGGAUUCUUCGACUCAAGCAAGACGCCAGGUUACAUGGACGACCUGAUGGGUCUCUGGCGAGCGGCGACCAGUUUCCUCGACGAGCUGCUUGAGGUGGACAAGGUGACUUCUCCGCACGAUGGCUUGGGCGGCACCAUUCUCCUCUACGCGACCAAUUACCUGCAGCAGAUGCUUGUUGCGGCGGCGUUUACGCUGCUCAAGCUCAUGAGGUCCUUCUUCUGCAAGACGAUUGAUUUUGACCGGGGCCGCAGCCUCUUCCACCACUCCAUUCGAGCCAUCCGGGCGACGAGUGUCGUCAACAAUGACCUGCAAUGGCGCCUGGCCGAGCUCAUGGUGCAGAUGUGGAACGGAGCUCGUCUCGAGAGUCGCAAUGCGGCCUGGAACCGCGAAGACGACACGGCGAUGCAAGUGGAUGACAGCCUACAACUCAAGGUUCGCUGUCGACACAGCAUGAGUCUGGUUUUCGACUCGGUAUGGCGAUGGCGCGAGGAAUAUCAAUCACAGGGCAGAGAUACAAAGCAACCGACGAACCCGGACUCGGCCAACGAGUCCUCGGCGUCUUCGUCCCAGCUCGACAGCACGCUCAUGCCGUCGCACAUCCCGCCUACGUCCAACACGCUGCUCGGCACAAACGGAGCGCUGACGCCUAGCGCCACCGCGCUCUCGGCGGCCGCCUCCGGACCGAAUAGCAUGAUAGGAGGAGGAGGGAUGGGCUACGGCGACACGAAUUACGACUUUUUCGACCCCCAGCAUUGGAUGCUGGACGGGCUUCUUGAUUUCAAUUACUCGUUUGUUCCUGCGCUCGAAGGGGCGUAGAGUGCGCCGACAGACACCCAGCAUAAGGAUUUUGAAUUCUUCGUCCAUGGCGAGUCUCCUCCGGGAAGCUGAUAGCUCUCUUCAAGGACGCAAUGGAACAGGGCUGAGGCGAGACGCGGCCUUGGAACGCGGCCUUGGUGGCACAAAACAUGUCAACUGCAUGGCUACCCGUGUUUUUGCGCGGCACGGGCAAGUACGUCGACAGCAGAGUCUAUAAUGAUGCGAGCGUGGAGCAGCGGCGCCAUGAUUGCUGUUGCUCUUGUUGCCGCAAUAAUAUAAGGGGGCCUGAUGCAAGCGGUUGAAAAUCUUAUUGACCGCGCGGGAGCGGUGUGUUUGUCAGGCGCCGGGCCGCUUGUGACGAUGCCCGUACGCGAGCGUUUUAUUGACUGGGCGGCAGAAGUGGCAUUCAGGAGAUAGUGCACAUGAUACGAGAGCACAGCUGGCGUUUUGAACUGUACACGCAACGGGCCUUGAUAGUGUUGUAACGAAUUCACACUCGGAAUACUUAAUGACUGACUGG